GUUGUUUCACUUUGACGUCAGAUUUCAUUGGGUCCCGCUCGCCAGCUCAAGUGGAAGUGGUGAAUGUGAAUGGAGAGGUGGUGGGGGGAAUCCGACAUCAGACACACAGCAGAGUGGACCGUCACUGCGUGUGGAUGGAUGCAAGCAUCCUGGGAUUUUCCUACCUUAUCACCGCAAGACGUAGUGGAACACAACGCCAACCUGACGGAACCGCGAUGGUGCAAUGCUUGGCGACUCGACGCACGGCUGCGGGCCGUUUAGGGGACCCGAGAAUGUGGUCGUUGUGACGUUGACUUGAACGCCGCUUUUUUUUUGCUGACUUUAUUGUUCCCGGCCGAGACGCACAGCGAAGAUGUUGAGUCGAUUCGUGAGUGGCAGCGUCAGGAAUCUCGAACGGGAAUACAGCUGCACCGUCCGGCUGCUGGACGACUCGGAAUAUACGUGCACCAUUCAGCGAGAUGCAAAAGGCCAGUAUCUGUUUGACCUCAUCUGCCACCACCUCAAUUUGCUGGAGAAAGAUUAUUUCGGCAUCCGAUAUGUGGACCCCGACAAGCAGCGGCACUGGUUGGAGUUAACAAGGUCGAUUGCAAAGCAAAUGAAAUCUCAGCCUCCAUUCACCAUGUGUCUGCGUGUCAAGUUCUACCCUCCUGAUCCAGCUGCUCUAAAGGAGGAAAUCACUCGAUAUCUCGUCUUCCUGCAAAUCAAAAGGGACCUUUACCACGGCCGCCUCCUGUGCAAAACCUCGGACGCCGCAUUGCUGGCUGCCUACAUCCUUCAAGCUGAGAUCGGGAAUUACGACCCCGGGAAACACCCCGAAGGUUACAGCUCGAAAUUCCAGUUCUUCCCCAAACACUCGGAGAAACUGGAGCGACGGAUCGCCGACAUACACAAGACAGAACUGAUUGGACAGACACCUGAAACAUCAGAGCGAAAUUUCCUGCAGAAGGCCCAGAUGCUGGAAACAUAUGGUGUUGAUCCGCAUCCGUGCAAGGACGUGUCGGGAAACCCGGCUUUCCUUGCCUUCACGCCCUUUGGUUUUGUGGUCUUGCAGGGAAACAAGAGAGUGCAUUUCCUCAACUGGAACGAGGUGACCAAGCUCAAGUUUGAGGGCAAGACGUUCCACGUUUAUGCAAACCACAAGGAGGAAACAAAGAUCACUCUGACAUACUUUGCGCCCACACCGGAGGCAUGCAAGCAUCUUUGGAAGUGCGGCGUGGAGAACCAAGCUUUCUACAAGCUUGAGAAGUCAAGUCAGGUCCGCACAGUGUCCAGCAGCAAUUUGUUCUUCAAGGGCAGCCGCUUCCGUUACAGCGGGCGCGUGGCAAAAGAGGUGAUGGAGCACAGUGCCAAAAUCAAACGAGAACCUCCGGAAAUACACAGAGCUGGCCUGGUUCCUAGCCGGAGCUGUCCAUCCAUCACCCACGGGCCUCGGCUCACCAGCGUACCGCGCACACGGCGGAGAGCUGUACACAUCUCUAUCAUGGAGGGCCUGGAGUCUCUCCGUGACAGUGCUCACUCCACCCCGGUGCGUUCGGUAUCCCACAGUGAGGCGUUCAUCCCGCGCUCGCGCAGCCAGGCCACGGAGGCCGGCGAAGGGACGGCGGUGAUCUCGGACGAAGCGUACAGCCCCUCCGACAGCGUCCUGCCAACGCCGGUGGCCGAGCACGGCGUGGAAAUGCCGGUCACCUUGCGGCAAAUUAACGGGGCACCCUGCAGCAUCGAGGAGGAAAAGGAGUCGGAGGCAGGGACCCCCACGCGAGGGGUCGGGGGGGACUUUGGACAAGAGGGCGCCGCAGGGGCCCUCAGCGAGGUGGAACAGGUGAAUAAGUUUGUGUUGAGUGUCCUGCGUUUGCUCCUUGUCACCAUCGGACUCCUCUUUGUCUUGCUCCUCCUCCUCAUCAUCCUCACUGAGUCCGACCUCGACGUGGCGUUCUUACGCGACAUCCGCCGGACUCCCGAAUUCGAGCAGUUCCAUUACGAAUACUUUUGUCCCCUCAGGCGGUGGUUUGCCUGCAAGCUCCGCUGGGUGGGCGGGUUGCUCGUUAGCAAGUGAGGCGCUCGCGUUGGUAAAAAGGCCUGUUGGUGGGGGGCCGAGGAGACGCCAUGGAAGUGGCACCCAUGGGAUUCGUCCUCCUCUUGCAGCGAUGCUGGUCGGACCGACCUUGUGACCCCGGGACAACUUCUCUCUCUCCCCCUCUCACACUUUUGAGUUUUUACAUCUCGCCCACCUCACUUUCGCUUUUGUUCUCCUUUUUUAUGAAAACCAAUUAUCUUUUCCUUCCUUUUUUUUUUUUUUGCAUAAAAAUCUGAGAAUUUUAAGGAGUAUGCGCAUUACUUUGAGGUGUUAUUUAUUGACUUUAAAGGUAUUUGCAUCAGACGAGACGGAUGGAGCACUGCAAGAAGAUGGGUAAAACAGAAGUGAGUUAGCGGGGUACGCACAUAUUUAACAUGUUAACUGAUUUUUAAAAUGUGAGCGACCUCACACAUGAAGGGGGGGGGGGAAAUGUGUUCUUACUGUUCGCUUUGGGGCAGCUUGUGGCAUCGUGGUGCCAAGGAACCUUAUUGAAGUGGAGCUUCAUUUAGGCAUUCAGUAAGCCUGUCUAAUGGAAAAGUAGUGCUAUGCCACUGUUUUGAUGCCAAUGAACUAAGUUGGAAUAUGAAGAGGAGCUUCAUUCAGGCAUUCCAUACGCCUGUCUAAUAGAAAAGUCGUGCUAUGCCACUGUUUUGAUGCCAAUGAACUAAGUUGUAAUGUGAAGAUGAGCUUUAUUUCGGAAUUCCAUCGGACUAUCUUCUAAUAGAAAAGUAGUGCUUUUCCACCAUCUUUUUCUAUAGCCAAUUUGAGGGGUGCGGGGGGAUUUUCAUAUGACAUACCCAACACACCACACGCGUCUUCACCAGCUAUCGCAAAACUCCUCCUCUAAACCAGAUGUCUGUUGUAUUACUGAUUUGCUAUAGAUGCCAAAAAACGUUGGCAAAGCAAUGAAAAUUCAGCUCACUUCAACAUAGUUCCUUGUCACCAAAUGGUGUCAAAGCUUUCCAUGUAGGUGAAUUUUUCAGCAAAUAAUGGAGCAGAAGUUAAAAAAAACCCAAACAAUUGCAGUUAUGUGGUUUAAUACCACUGGUGAAUUUGUGACUACCGGGCAAUUGAUUAUUUGGGAAGCAUGCUGAUGUAAACAUUUUUAACUGGGCUAUGUCGUUUGAACGUAUUGCAAUAUCUUUCGAACGUACUGCAUAGUCGUUCAAACGAUUUGGUAAAGUCAUUUAAAUGUAUUGGUAAACUCAUUUGGACAUAUUUGGUAAAGUCAUUCAAACAGAUUGGUCAAACAUUAGCUAAAUGCUAAAAACAUAGCAUUCUUUCCCAUAAUGCUCGCCUCAAUACAUUAGGAUUUAUUAUCGUAAAUAGUGAAUUGGUCUUUUGCUGACUUGGAUCGCAAAGCAGGGUAAACACUCAAAUUGGACUCUAUUAUUGUUGUAUGGGUGUACCCUGCUGGACUGAAAUGGACAGGGAUCUUAAAAUAUAGUAUAAGAGGUUUAACGUAAAGUUGAAGGUUGAAGCAAAAUGAAGGCUCACGUGAAUGAGAAGAAGAAAAGGAGACUUUAAUAGACAAAUACUGUAUCUCUUUUUUAGUAUUGUAUAAGGCUAUGGUGACCUCGUAGUGUUCAGCGGAAUGAGUAGCUAAUAGCCUAGCUAUACAGUACAAACGUAGAUGUGCAAUGCUUAUCAAGUACCGGUACUUCUUGAAUGUGUUUGUUGGUUCCGCUCAUUCAUUUUCAUGACCUUGAGAUUCAAUGAAUUUCAAUUAUUUCUUACGAUGAAGAUUUAUUUUGGAUUAAAGAUCAACCUUUCGGUUUAUGUAUCAUAUUGCUAGUAGAAGAUCAGAUGAUGUACUUUUUUCUUUUUUUUUUUUUUUUGUACAAAACGAGUUUGUUUCCUAAUAUAUUGACAGCUCCGAUGUAUAUUUUAACAGGACUCAAAUGUUAUUUUGUUAUUGAAGAUGAAAAUGAUACUUUUUGUAGCGCUGUGCGUCUCAAGCGAGGACGGGAGCAUUGACGGAGAAACAAAUGUCAGCCUUCGGUCUUUGUGUACAAUACAAAUACACGUGUGAUGCCAAAAUACAUUUACACCUUUCAUACAUCCUUCUCACAUCAGAUGAAAAAAUCGAAUAAAAUAAUUGACAGAUGAUAAAAUAAACAUGACAAAAAAUUAUGACUACAGCCAUGUUACUGAUUAAGUGCAUUUGAUUUUUUUCGAAAAUAGAUGAUCAAUGUAAAAGGUGCAUUGAAUAUACAUUGUCGACAUUUUAUACAUUGUAUUGAUGACUGCUUUUUGAACAUAUGAGGCAAAUAUGAGCUCAUAAAUGGGGUCAAAUCACGAGACUGAACAUUGUGCAAUGUUUUAGGAGAGUCUUUAACGUCAUCGGGUGCACAACACAAAUAACCGGGAUUACAAGAAACGACUUCAGCGGAACCCCCGAGGUCGAAACCCUUCCAAUCUCCGAUUUGUUUGCAUUUCGAGACACUUUUCCGAGAGGAAUAAUGAAAAAAAAAGAUCUGUUCCAUUAAAACAAAACAAAAGAAAUUAUCAGAACAUUAGCAACUGCCUUGCAAGUGUAAAAAGACAAUUAUUUACAAACAAAUUUGAAAUUAAAUGUUGCAUAAGCAACCCUCCACCCCCACCCCAAAAUCCCUGUGUGGUAUCUGUCUGAGUGUUUGAAAAGGAUGGAAAGAGAUUUACAUGAUACCUUUUUGUUUUGCAAUGGUUGUUGAAGUUAGGGAAGGAAUUCACUUUAAAUGGAAGCAUCGUCCUUUCAGCAUGCAGCUUUUGCACAUUUGCCGUUCAAAGGCUGCUUCGGUCCACCGGAAUGCCGACAAUAAGAACAAACACGUCCAUGAGAAGUGCACAUACUGUAGUUGCUUUAGCGUCAUGUAGCGUCUUGAAACAAGAAAAGGAAAAUAUGAGAUAACAAAGAAAAGCACCAUUCAAGAAGCAAUAAUUAAGGAAUGAUUU